AUCCUAGAAGCCACACACCUCUAAUAAAGAGACGGUGGAAACAAAGUUUCUGUUCAUGCAUCAUGUGCGUUUGCACACAUUGUCUUAGUUUGGGUUUGUCCAGAAGCAGACCUUGAUACAAGGAUUCUAGUACAGUUUGGGACUAUCACAGAUAGUGCUUAUGGGCACACCUAUGGGGUAUCUAUCCAGCAAUGGAAUUGCUGGGUUGGAGGACACCCAGCUAAUAGUGCUAGUAGAUCACAGGUGAGUCAAUGUACACCCUGGCCAUCAAAAGGUGAGAGUUCUAGGUGCUCCAUAUUAUCACCAGUAUUUAUACAGCAUGUGCCUAUUUUGCAGAGAAGGCAACUAAGACUCAGUGAGAGGGGCAUUUGCUGCCUCUUGGUCAGUGAGGGAUUCAGGGUCCUUCUUGCCAGAAGCCUGCUCUGCCACCUCUUCAGCUCACCUACUCUGCCCUCCCAGCCUGGCUGUGGGGUGGGGUGAGACAGACAGGGUCACGUGGAGUUGAGUUCAGCGGGAGGAAGCUGGGCAGGGUGCAGACAGCCAGUGAUUCUGGGGUUGGCCAGGAAAUCAAGGUAAGGGAGGGAGUGCGUAUGAUCUCUUGAGGGGCUCCCGGGAGGCAGAGGUGAGAGUGGGGAGGAGGCCAAGAUGAGGGCAAGAUGUGAGCAGACACUGAAUUGUCACUCUCUCAUCCCCCAGGUAAACCCCCACCAUGGACCCACCGUCACCAAGCCAGGCCUCCCAAACCCAGCACACGGCCCCCUCUCCCUUGACUUCCUACCGCUGGCACACAGGGGGCACUGGAGAGAAGGGGACUGGGGGAUUCCGCUGGGGCCGCCUUCCUGGCUGGAGCAGGGCACUGAGCCAUCAGGAGCCCAUGGUCAGCAGCCAACCAGCCCCUCGUUCGCUGUUCCGUCGGGUCCUCUCUGCACCCCCCAAGGAGUCACGCACCAGUCGCCUGCGACUAUCCAAGACCCUCUGGGGGAGGCAUAAGAACCCACCGCUGGAGCCAGAGCCAGAACCAGAGGCCCCAGAGCCAGAGCCAGAGCCAGAGCCAGAGCCCCUUGCCCCACAGAUCCCUGAGGCCCCUACAUCUGAUGUGCCUGUCUGGGACAUUGGGAGCUUCACCCUGCUUGAUGGGAAACUGGUGCUGCUUGGGAGUGAGGAGGAGGGUCCUCGAAGGCCACGAAUGGGAAGUGCUACCUCUGAGGGCAGCAUCCACAUGACCAUGGGGAACUUCAAGGAUCCAGAUCGGAUUCCUGGGAAGACUGAACCAGAGGGUGCUGGUCCCAACCAAGUCCACAAUGUUCGGGGGUUGCUCAAGAGGCUGAAAGAGAAGAAAAAGGCCAGGGCAGAGCUAGGAGCCAAUGCCCCCCGGGAUGGACCCCCCAGUGCUCUGGGCUCCAGGGAAUCACUGGCCACACUGUCUGAGCUAGACCUGGAUGCUGAGCGGGAUGUGCAGGUCUGGCCACUGCACCCCAGUCUCCUGGGGGAGCCCUACUGCUUCCAGGUAACGUGGGCGGGUGGAAGCCGCUGCUUCUCUUGUCGCUCAGCCGCUGAAAGAGACCGCUGGAUUGAGGACCUUCGUCGCCACUUCCAACCCACCCAGGACAACGUGGAGCGCAAAGAGACGUGGUUGAGUGUGUGGGUGCACGAGGCGAAAGGGCUUCCCCGGGCCGCGGCGGGGCCACCUGGCGUGCGUGUCGAACUGUGGCUAGAUGGCUCACUACUGGCGCGCACUGCACCGCGGGCCGGCCCAGGGCAGCUCUUCUGGGCCGAGCGCUUCCACUUCGAGGCGCUGCCACCGGCGCGUCGCCUGUCGCUGCGGCUGCGGGUGCUCGGUUCAGGCCGGGGAGUCCCGGUGAUGGGCCGCGUGGCGCUGGCACUGGAGGAGCUGGAUAUCCCACGCGCGCCUGCCGCCGGCCUAGAGCGCUGGUUUCCCCUGCUCGGGCCGCCAGCAGGCGCAGCGCUGCGAGCGCGGAUCCGGGCCCGACGCCUGCGCGUGCUGCCGUCCGACCGCUAUAAGGAGCUGGCGGAAUUCCUCACCUUCCACUACGGGCGCCUCUGCCGGGCUCUCGAGCCUGCGCUACCUGCGCAGGCCAAGGAGGAGCUGGCAGCCGCCAUGGUGCGCGUGCUGCGGGCCACCGGCCGAGCGCAGGCACUUGUGACAGACCUGGGCACUGCUGAGUUGGCACGCUGUGGAGGCCGUGAGGCGCUGCUCUUCCGGGAAAAUACCUUGGCCACCAAAGCCAUCGACGAGUAUAUGAAGCUGGUGGCGCAAGAUUACCUUCAGCAGACCCUGGGGCAGGUUGUGCGGCGUCUCUGUGGCUCCACUGAGGACUGUGAGGUGGACCCCAGCAAAUGCCCAGUCUCAGAGCUGCCUGAGCACCAAGCCAGACUUCGAAACAUCUGUGAGGAGGUCUUCGAAACCAUCAUCCACUCCUACGAAUGGUUCCCUGCAGAGCUGGGCAUUGUGUUCUCAGCCUGGCGAGAAGCAUGCAAAGCACGUGGCUCUGAAGCACUAGGCCCCCGACUGGUGUGUGCCUCCCUCUUCCUGCGGCUCCUGUGCCCUGCCAUCCUGGCACCCAGCCUCUUUGGUCUGGCACCAGAACACCCAGCACCCAGCCCAGCACGCACCCUCACACUGAUUGCCAAGGUUAUCCAGAACCUUGCCAACCAUGCCCCGUUUGGUGAGAAGGAGGCCUACAUGGGCUUCAUGAAUAGCUUCCUGGAGAAACACGGACCAGCCAUGCAACACUUCCUGGACCAGGUGGCCAUGGUGGAUUUGGAUGUCGCACCCAGUAGUUACCAGGGCAGCAGCAACUUGGCUCUCCAGUUGGCAGUCCUGCAUGCCCAGCUCUGUACAAUCUUUGCUGAACUUGAUCAGACAACCUGUGACAGCCUGGAACCGCUGCCCACCAUCCUGGGAGCCAUUGAGGAGGGCCGGCCUGUUCCUGUGUCAGUGCCAAUGUGUCUCCCAAAGCCCCCAGCCCAGGUUCACACCAGCUUCUUUGCAGGGGAGAAACCCGGCUUCUUGGCCCCCCGGGACCUUCCCAAGCACACCCCUCUCAUCUCCAAGAGCCAGUCCCUGCGCAGUGUUCACCGCACAGGCAGUUGGGCCCGGCCGCGGCCGGACGAAGAGCAGCCCCAGAGGGGGCCCCGGACAGUGCAGCGCACACAGAGCGUCCCUGCCGGACGCCCUGCUCGCCGCCGCCGGUCUGUGGGGCCUCGGCCGCGACCCAAAGGCUCUUUGAGCACCGGUCCUGCGCCCGGCAGCCGGCUCUGGACCGGGGCCUUUUCUUCGCUGCCUCGGAAGCCGUCGGUGCCCUGGCAGCGUCACUUUGAUCAGCCGCGGGACCGAGACCAGGCAGUGGGCACGCACCGACCCUUAAGCAAGAUAGCAGAGCUGCAGUGCGAGGUGGCUGCGCUGCGCAAGGAGCAGAAAGUGCUGUCCUGUCUCGUGGAGUCGCUGAGCACCCACAUCCAGGCUCUCACCGAGCAGCAGGAGCAGCUGCGAGGCCAACUGCGAGAUCUGGACCCCCGGCACAGUAGAGGAGCUAGAAGGGACUUCUCAGCUUCUGUCUUUCCCUGCCUUGUCCCUGACACCCACAGGACCUCAAAGUUGGAUCCGGAGAGUGGCCUUCCAAGCAGUGAAGGGCACAGUCUAAAAAGUCUGGAGCGCCGUCUAACUGAGAUGGAGAAUUCGCAAGCCUGGCUGAAGGAUGCUGUACAGACCCUGCAGGUUUUGCCAAGGACGCUGGGAUCCCAGAGCCAGCCUCUGCCCAUCAAAACACCCUGCGUCAAUGGAGACACCACUUGAGCUGUUCAUCUCACCCACACGUGGUCUGGAAGCAGAGAGAUAGCUGUCUCGAGGAGGGUGUCUGAACUUGCCUUUGUCCUACAUGGCCUACAAUGAGGAGUGCUGCUGUGGGUGCCAACCACUCUGGCGCUAUGAACCUGCCCAGUAAAUCUUGAUUUCAGUGAAAUUGGUGGUUUCUUUGCCCCCUAAGCAUCGGCAAUUCUUAGAACUUUGUCCCCCAACCUCCAUUCAGCUCUCCUAAAUUCUCCCCUAAUUAAAAGUCUCAUGGAGGGGGUGAUGUGAGCAGAUUCUCACCAGGUAUGUGACAUUAGACUUUCACUCUCUAUGAGGCUCUGUUUUCUCACCUGUAAAAUGGAUCUAUAGUUCUCUGCACAGGUAUUCAUCACUGUUACGGGCAGCACCUGCUUCUCAAUGAAGCAUGGAUUCCCUUUCCACUCCCACCCAACUCACACCCCCAUGCCCUCCCAACCUACUCUGCCAACUUCAGGCCCCAGAUAAAAGAAUCUCCCUAGCCUCCCAAAUCCCAACCAGGUCCCUCAUGGGAGGGAGAGCUUGAGUGUGGGAGGUAGAUAAAGGAAGUGUGGGCAGGUAUGGAGAUGGUUGGGCUCUGGGUGAACAGUUGGGUAAAUGAAUCAUUUGAAUCAUGGGUGAGGAGUAGGGUGGUUGGAGCAAGAGGCAGAUGGACAGAUUAGCAUUUGCUGAAUGUUUGACCUGGUACAUGAGUAUCUAACUGGGUGGUUACCCAGGAUGGAUAUGUCUGGCUAGCAAAGACCUGCCUCAUAAAUAAAUAUUUGAAUUGAGU